GCGCGCGUCCCGGGGGCGGGAGUCAGCUGAGCUGCCUGGGCGAGGUUGGGAUCUUCUCGAAUCGGCUAAGGGGAGCCAGUGAUCUUUUGGGGUGCGGGAGCGGAGUGCAGGACUGCGUCAGAUUCAAGGGGGAGGGCUCCCCAGUCUUCUCGCUUUAUAAGGCGAGAACGAGAAAAUCCUCAGGAUUUUAAAGAGGAGGAGUGGGCGGCGGAUUACCAAAAUCUGUCAACAGAUUCUUGUCGAGGCUGGGGAGACGCAGUUUCCAAUCCAGGGCCACGGGGAUCCCUGGGGGGAACUCUGUUGUAAUCCCUGGGCCCGGGAGGGAGAUCCCAGAGGCCGGGCACCAUGGCGUCCAUCCUGGAUGAAUACGAGGACUCCCUGUCCCGCUCAGCCGUCUUGCAGCCUGGCUGCCCCAGCGUGGGCAUCCCCCACUCCGGGUAUGUGAAUGCCCAGCUAGAGAAGGAAGUGCCCAUUUUCACGAAGCAGCGCAUUGACUUUACCCCUUCUGAGCGAAUUAGCAGUCUUGUUGUCUCCUGCAAUCAGCUCUGCAUGAGCCUGGGCAAGGAUACACUACUCCGCAUUGACCUGGGCAAGGCCAAUGAACCCAACCAUGUGGAGCUGGGGCGCAAGGAUGAUGCCAAGGUUCACAAGAUGUUUCUGGACCACACUGGCUCUCACCUGCUGAUUGCUCUGAGCAGCACUGAGGUCCUCUAUGUGAACCGUAAUGGGCAGAAGGUACGACCACUGGCACGCUGGAAGGGGCAGCUGGUGGAGAGUGUGGGCUGGAACAAGGCACUGGGCACCGAGAGCAGCACGGGUCCCAUCCUGGUCGGCACUGCCCAAGGCCAGAUCUUCGAAGCGGAGCUCUCAGCCAGCGAGGGUGGGCUUUUCGGCCCUGCGCCAGACCUCUACUUCCGCCCGUUGUACGUACUCAACGAAGAAGGGGGUCCAGCCCCUGUGUGUGCCCUUGAGGCCGAGCGAGGCCCUGAUGGGCGUGGCUUUGUCAUUGCCACCACCCGGCAGCGCCUCUUCCAGUUCAUAGGGCGAGCGGCGGAGGGAGCCGAAGUUCAGGGCUUCUCUGGGAUCUUUGCUGCCUACGCGGACCACCCACCCCCAUUCCGUGAGUUCCCCAGCAGUCUGGGCUACAGUGAGUUGGCCUUCUAUACCCCCAAGUUGCGCUCCGCACCGCGGGCCUUCGCCUGGAUGAUGGGGGAUGGCGUGUUGUACGGAGCCCUGGACUGCGGGCGCCCCGAUUCCCUGCUGAGCGAAGAGCGAGUCUGGGAGUACCCAGAGGGGGUCGGUCCGGGAGCCAGCCCGCCCCUGGCUAUCGUCCUGACCCAGUUCCACUUCCUGCUGCUGCUGGCGGACCGCGUGGAGGCGGUGUGCACGCUGACGGGGCAGGUGGUGCUGCGGGAUCACUUCCUGGAGAAGUUUGGGCCCCUGAGGCACAUGGUGAAGGACUCCUCCACGGGCCACCUGUGGGCCUACACCGAACGGGCCGUCUUCCGCUACCACGUGCAGCGGGAGGCCCGGGACGUCUGGCGCACCUACCUGGACAUGAACCGCUUCGACUUGGCCAAAGAGUACUGUCGAGAGCGGCCUGACUGCCUGGACACUGUCCUGGCCCGCGAGGCCGAGUUCUGCUUUCGCCAGCGUCGUUACCUGGAGAGCGCCCGCUGCUAUGCCCUGACCCAGAGCUACUUUGAGGAGAUUGCCCUGAAGUUCCUGGAGGCCCGUCAGGAGGAGGCCCUGGCUGAGUUCCUGCAGCGAAAACUGGCCGGUCUGAAGCCAGCCGAGCGCACCCAGGCCACGCUGCUGACUGCCUGGCUCACCGAGCUUUACCUGAGCCGGCUCGGGGCGCUGCAAGGUGAUCCUGAGGCCCUGAGCUUAUACCGGGAGACCCGGGAGCGCUUCCGGUCCUUCCUCAGCAGCCCCCGCCACAAGGAGUGGCUCUUCGCCAGCCGGGCUUCCAUCCACGAGCUGCUGGCCAGCCACGGGGACACGGAGCACAUGGUGUACUUUGCUGUGAUCAUGCAGGACUACGAGCGCGUGGUGGCAUACCACUGCCAGCACGAGGCCUACGAGGAGGCCCUGGCUGUGCUCGCUCGCCACCGUGACCCCCAGCUCUUCUACAAGUUCUCGCCCAUCCUCAUCCGUCACAUCCCUCGCCAGUUGGUGGACGCUUGGAUCGAGAUGGGCAGCCGGCUGGAUGCCCGGCAGCUCAUCCCUGCACUGGUGAACUACAGCCAGGGUGGCGAGGCCCAGCAGGUGAGCCAGGCCACCCGAUACAUGGAGUUCUGCGUCAAUGUGCUCGGCGAGACGGAGCAGGCGAUUCACAAUUACCUGCUGUCGCUGUAUGCCCGCAGCCAGCCGGCCUCGCUGCUGGCGUACUUGGAGCAGGCAGGCGCCAGCCCACACCGCGUGCAUUACGACCUCAAGUACGCGCUGCGGCUCUGUGCAGAGCACGGCCACCACCGUGCCUGCGUUCACGUCUACAAGGUCCUGGAGCUGUACGAGGAGGCUGUGGACCUGGCCCUGCAGGUGGAUGUGGACCUGGCCAAGCAGUGUGCCGACUUGCCGGAGGACGACGAGGAGCUGCGUAAGAAGCUGUGGCUGAAGAUUGCUCGGCACGUGGUGCAGGAGGAGGAGGACGUGCAGACGGCCAUGGCCUGCCUGGCCAGCUGCCCCCUGCUCAAGAUCGAGGACGUGCUGCCUUUCUUUCCGGACUUCGUCACCAUCGACCACUUCAAGGAGGCCAUCUGCAGCUCUCUCAAGGCCUACAACCACCACAUCCAGGAGCUGCAGCGGGAGAUGGAAGAGGCCACAGCCAGCGCCCAGCGUAUCCGGCGAGACCUGCAGGAGCUGCGGGGCCGCUACGGCACGGUGGAGCCCCAGGACAAGUGCGCCACCUGUGACUUUCCCCUGCUCAACCGCCCUUUUUACCUUUUCCUCUGCGGCCACAUGUUCCAUGCUGACUGCUUGCUGCAGGCUGUGCGGCCUGGCCUGCCGGCCUACAAGCAGGCCCGGCUCGAGGAGUUGCAGCGGAAGUUGGGAGCCGCUCCAGCCCCUGCCAAGGGCUCCACCCACACCAAGGAAGCCGAGGCAGGGGCUGCCGCGGCGGGGCCUAGUCGGGAACAGCUCAAGGCUGACCUCGAUGAACUGGUGGCCGCCGAGUGCGUGUACUGUGGGGAGUUGAUGAUCCGCUCCAUUGACCGGCCCUUCAUUGACCCCCAGCGCUAUGAGGAGGAGCACCUCAGCUGGCUGUAGGAAGGAGGGUAUCACCCCGCUGGGUGGGCAGGUGGUCUGGGGCACAGCUGCCCCCUCUUGGGAAGGCCACAUCAUGGUACACGCUAAGUCGUCUGGAGACCGCUGGGCCAUGACGGUGUUGUGGAGAGUGGAAUUAGAGCUGUCGCUUUCGAGGUGUCAUCUGUGAUCACGUUCUGCCACUGUCCGUGCUCCUCUUGAGAGCUGCUCUUAAAUCGGGCCAUCUGCCUGCCUCCCAAGAGAGGGCCUCAGCCUGGAGGAGUCAGAAUUCUGACCCUGUUGCCAUCCGCCCUCCAUCUAACAGCCCUGUUUUCCUCUCCGAGGCCCACAGACAUCCUGUUCACCUUCUAGAGUGAGAGUACCAUUCAUCUCUUUCCCUCUGUGACCCUUCUUCCUCAGAGGACACCUCUCCUGUGUCUGCCCCUCGGUCCCAGAGUGAAAAGGCAGCCCCUCCCCGUCUUGGGCAUGGAGGGUGGGGAGGGAGGUGCCGGUGUAU